GCUGUACUUCGACUCUAGUCUUAGCACUGACAGCUCAUGCUACCAAAGAGAGAUCUCAAAGCAGGCAGUCGCGGUCCAUUAUGUAUCUUGCUCUUGGAAGGAAUCCACUUUGCAUCACGACCAAGAAACUAACAGAACGCAGUGGCAUGUCCAUGCAUACGACAAUCCAAAGCUGCGGCGAAUCAUCCGUGAUCACGUAUACGCGAAGUACCUCCUUUACCGCCCUAAUCCUCUGUUGUUCCCGUAGCUUAAGAGCGCCUCAUCAUGGACCACGUCAAUCACAAUGGUACCGUUGCAGGCCCAUACGCGUUGACGUAUUCGAACUACCAAAGAAUCUCGGGCGGAAUACAUGUCGGAACACGACGAGUUCCGGGUACAGAACAGUUGGCUAUUCUUGUUCGCAUCUGGAUCGCUCUUGCGCCAAAACACGAGGCGCAGAUCACCACCGACGCAUUAAUUAGAUUUGCCUCAGGUAUAUCAACUACAUCCAAAUCUCUGGUUCU